UGAAAUACCGAAAAUACCCUCGGAUGACCAGUUUCUGCUAUUAAACCUUGGCAAAACCCUUGAUUUAACUAAUAGCUUUUAUCUCUUUCUUCCACCAUUUUCCUUAGGGUUUCCCAUGGCGACGCACACCAUUUCUCGCUCCUUCCUUCGCCGUCCGGCGAAAUCUCUCUCCUCUCUGUUCGCUCGAUCCUUCGCCUCGUCAUCUGCUCCCCUCGCCAAAACUCCGGCGUCCUCUCUCUCCGCGCUCCGAUCCCGUCCCCUCGUGGCCGCCUUGUCCUCCGUCGCUCGCGGUGGAUUUGUGUCUUUCAAAGGUCUUUCGACGCAGGCGACUUCGUCUUCUCUGAACGAUCCGAAUCCCAAUUGGUCGAAUAGGCCUCCCAAGGAGACGAUCUUGCUCGAUGGGUGUGAUUUCGAGCAUUGGCUUGUGGUUGUGGAGCCGCCUGAGGGAGAUCUCACGAGGGAUGAGAUUAUUGAUGGGUAUAUCAAAACCCUAGCUCAGAUCGUCGGAAGUGAAGAAGAAGCGAGGAUGAAGAUAUACUCUGUUUCCACUAGGUGUUAUUUUGCUUUCGGAGCUCUUGUGUCUGAAGAUCUUUCUCACAAGCUCAAAGAGUUGCCAAAGGUGCGGUGGGUUCUUCCUGAUUCUUACCUUGAUGUGAGGAACAAAGACUAUGGAGGGGAACCUUUCAUUGAUGGGAAGGCUGUUCCUUAUGAUCCCAAGUACCAUGAGGAAUGGAUAAGGAACAAUGCAAGAGCAAAUGAAAGAAACAGGCGUAAUGAUCGUCCUCGCAACUUCGAUAGAAGCAGAAACUUUGAGAGGAGAAGAGAGAACAUGUCAGGUGGCCCUCCUCCCCAACGUACUCCCAUGGGAGGCCCUCCUCCUCCACCUCACAUGGGUGGCGCUGCACCUCCUCCACCUCACAUGGGGCAGAACUACGGGGGACCACCAUCAUUGCAGAACAACAUGGGAGGACAAAGGCCUCCGCCAAACUAUGGAGGAGCACCACCACAGAACAACAUGGCAGGACAGCGGCCACCUGCAAACUAUGGAGGAGCACCACCACCAAACUAUGGAGGAGGACCACCACCUAACUACGGAGGAGCGCCACCACAGAACAACAUGGGAGGAGCACCACCGCCACCUAACUAUGGAGGUGCAGUACCACCGCAGAACAGCAUGGGAGGAGGUCCACCAAACGCAGGAUGGUCAGGUAACAACAACAACUACCAGCAGCAGAGUGGUGGAAUGCAGCAGCCACAGUACCAGAACAACUAUCCACCAAACCGGGAUGGCAGCGGGAACCCUUACCAGGGUUGAACCAGUCGUGGGUUUUCUUUUUAACCGUGCAUUCUAGAUGAUGUAUAGGUCAUCUGAGGAAGGGAAGGAGAGUGCAAUAGCAAAACUUUAAAACUCCUUUUUGUCGUUUAUCAGCCUGAUAUCAUGUGAGAGAGAAUAGCCUUGAGUGGCAUGGUUAGAACGUUUGUUUAUUUUUUCUAGUUUAUAUCCCAAAUCGAUCUUAAGAGUUUCUUAAGUGGUUCACAUGUAGGCCAUGUGCUGUUGGUUCAUCCUCGUCUGAUUGUGCUCUCCUAAAUAAAAGUAUGAAUUUAGUAUA